AUGUCAGAAGAAGGAGCAGCAGCUGCGGAGACACCCUCAACACCACCUUCAUCGCCAACGACCUCACGUGCUGGAUCGGCUAAGAAGUACAAAGUUCGCUUGUCUGAAGCAGACAUUUGCUUCGUAGCCGGUUUGAACCUCGACGAGUGGGAAAAUGUGACUUUGCAGCCCGAGAAUACAAGUAAUGCAGAAAUGUUGGGUGAUGAGAACGACGGCGAUCAGCCGUGGAUAGUGACUGAAGGCGGCAACGAUGGUCGGAUGUUGAAAGGUACUCGCGAAACUGAGCCCCAAAACUUGUACCUGUUCAUGGAGAAAAAGGAUGGAUAUAUAGAUGCCUUUCCGAUUAAGAAUUGGUACAACUUCCAGUCCAUUUCGAAUAACAAAACGAUGUCCAAUGGGGAGUUGGAAAAGGUGCUUGAAAACCGCAAGAGGAGCUUUGAUGCCAGCUCCCCGACAGCGGGUGUCUUACCCAAGCGAUUACGUUUGGAGGAAGAAGUGAUGGACGUUAGGGAGGAGCCAAUGGAACCUAAGGAAGAACCCCUUGAGCAGGAAGAGAACGCUCCAGUGAACGGGGACUCCUUUCCUAAGGAACCUAAGCAAGAACCACUUCAGCAGGCGGUGAACGCUUCCGUGGUUGUGGGUGACGGAGCUGAACGGGACAUUGCGACUCCUGGUGAAGGCGAGGACUCCCAAACAUCGGGUAGAAACGAACUAUUGCCGUCCUCCAGCGACGAAGAGUCGGACUCUAGCGACGACUCCGAUAACAGCUCAAGUGAAGACGAAUUGGAGUCCGAGACCGAGUCUGAGUCCAGCCACAUAAUACGGAGCCUAGAUACAGAAUUGUUCUUGGAUGGCAGCGAUAUAGACUCAACUGACUCGAAUACUAGUUCCACAGAAGAUGAAACCGAUUCCGGAUCCAGCUUGGAAGACGGCAGCUCCUAG